AUUUCUUUUGCUUUGAUAUUAUUGUAUAUUAUAUGGAGAUAAAAAAUACUAAUAAAGAUUUGCAUAUUCUGACAGAGAGAGCAGGGAUUUUACAUGAUAAAAUCACUCAAAAAAUCUAUUAUGAAGGAUUACAUUUCUGUAGAGAUUGUGCUGAACAUGGUCGUUACUGUGGAAUUGCAGACCUCAGAAUAGAAGAUAAGGAGAAAUUGAUUGCCAUUCGAGACUCAUUGAAGGAAAUUCAGAACAUGCUUGAGUUCUACCAGACAUUACAGUCACGGCAGCAGAGACUAUACAAUGGAGCAGUUGCCCGUUUGGAAGAAAGCAGAAUGCUUCUGCUAGAAAAAAUAAACAAGUAUCCAACAUGGGGAAGUAAACUAGACUUAAUUGAAGAAUUAAGAGAGUGUUUAGUUGAAGGAAAAGUUGCAUUUCCUGAGAAUUUGGCAGAAAGCAUAGAUAAGAAAAUUGAAGAUGAGAACAAAAAGAAGACAAGUUCAAGUUUCUUGGUCAUUUGCAUAAGAGGUUUAUUUAAUCCGUGGAACUGGUUUCGUACAACAAGAAUUGCUGCCAUAGCGUUGAUUGUUGCUUCUGCUAGCAUUUCUUCUCCAGUUAACUUGUACAGGAACAAGCUGCAAAUUAAGGAAAACAUAUCUGUAUCAAGAAUGAAGAUUGAAUAUCCAGAUUGUCAACUGGCUGUUUCAUAUGGAAAGGAAUGAUCAUAUGCAUUUUCUUAAGCAGCCACUAAUGCUUGCAUUAGGGUAGGCGGUCUACAAUACACCCCUUAGGGUGCGGCCCUUCUACGGACCCGAAGUGAAUGCAGAAUGCUUUGUGUACCGGGGAUGAUCAUAAUUUUGAUCGAAUACCUUGCUGAUCGGGUUGGCUAAAUAGAUGUUGUUAGAAGAAGUACACACGAGGGCGUAUGGAUACCUAGUCAAUCAGGUUUGGAUUGGAUCAUCGAGAUAGAACGCCUGGUACACAUGGUAACAGACUCUUUAGAUGUGAUUAUCCUCAAAUACAGGUAUAGCACAGACUUCAGUUAUAGUCGUGAUACGUAUCAUAGAUUCAGAUACGUUCAGUCAGAACUCAGAAUACAUAUUCAAAUGUGAAUUUCUAAACUACAGCACCAGAUAGAGUUUCAAAUACAACUUCAGCUAUCAGUAUACAAGAGAUAUCCACUAUUAAAUUUGCAGUAUUGCAUAGCAUGUUGUGUUUCAACACUUUAUUCCAACAAUUAUGGA